AACUCCCUCCUCUUUUCUCUAGCAAACUCUAGAAGACGAAGGAAGCACAGUAACAAUCUUUCUCUCGCACCUUCUAAAACCUGCUCUAUUUCUUCGCUUCGCUCUUCUCGACUCACAAACCCUUUUCUUCUAAAUCCGCAACAGCUACAAACAAACCCUCUCUUUUUUUUUUGUCAAAGAUCUCUCCUUUUGGUCAGGAAAUGGCAGAACAAGAAUACACAGUAGCAUCAGACAGUGAAAACACUGGAGAGGAGAAAUCAUCAUCUUCUCCUUCGUUACCCGAAAUCGCCGUUGGUAUCGACAUUGGUACUUCUCAAUGCAGUAUAGCUGUUUGGAACGGCUCUCAAGUUCACAUCUUGAGGAACACAAGAAACCAGAAACUCAUCAAAUCAUUUGUAACUUUCAAAGACGAAGUUCCUGCUGGUGGAGUUAGCAACCAGCUCGCACACGAGCAGGAAAUGCUAACUGGAGCCGCUAUCUUCAACAUGAAGCGGCUCAUUGGCCGUGCAGACACUGAUCCUGUGGUUCACGCUAGCAAGAACCUUCCUUUCUUGGUUCAAACUCUUGACAUUGGAGUCAGACCGUUUAUCGCGGCUUUGGUGAACAAUGCUUGGAGAUCUACGACUCCUGAGGAAGUUUUAGCGAUAUUCCUUGUGGAAUUGCGUCUAAUGGCUGAAGCUCAGUUGAAACGGCCUGUGAGAAAUGUGGUACUCACGGUUCCGGUUUCGUUUUCUAGGUUCCAGCUCACACGGAUUGAACGUGCUUGUGCUAUGGCUGGACUUCAUGUACUUCGUUUGAUGCCAGAACCAACUGCAAUUGCGUUACUUUAUGCGCAACAGCAGCAGAUGACUACGCACGAUAACAUGGGAAGCGGAAGCGAGAGGCUUGCGGUUAUAUUCAAUAUGGGUGCUGGUUAUUGCGAUGUUGCUGUUACUGCAACUGCUGGUGGUGUUUCACAGAUAAAAGCUUUAGCUGGAAGCCCCAUUGGAGGAGAAGACGUUUUGCAGAACACAAUGCGCCAUAUUGCGCCACCAACUGAAGAAGCUUCGGGGUUGCUCCGUGUAGCGACACAGGACGCUAUUCACAGGCUAUCGGAUCAAGAAAAUGUCCAAAUUGAAGUGGAUUUGGGAAACGGUAACAAGAUUUCCAAGGUUCUUGAUAGAUUGGAGUUUGAGAAAGUGAACCAGAAGGUAUUUGAGGAAUGUGAGAGACUUGUUGUGCAGUGUCUGCGAGAUGCGAGAGUCGAGGUUGGUGAUAUCGAUGAUGUGAUAAUGGUUGGAGGGUGUUCUUACAUCCCGAAAGUAAGAACUAUUAUCAAGAACGUGUGCAAGAAAGAUGAGAUUUACAAAGGCGUGAAUCCGUUAGAAGCUGCGGUUAGGGGAGCUGCCUUGGAAGGUGCGGUGACUUCAGGGAUUCAUGAUCCGUUUGGGAGCUUAGAUCUCUUAACCAUACAAGCCACACCUCUUGCAGUUGGAGUAAGAGCUAACGGAAACAAAUUCAUACCCGUGAUUCCGCGUAACACGAUGGUUCCAGCGCGGAAAGACCUCUUCUUCACAACGGUUCAAGACAACCAGAAAGAAGCUCUGAUCAUUAUAUACGAAGGAGAAGGAGAGACUGUUGAAGAGAACCAUCUUCUUGGGUAUUUCAAGAUAGUUGGGAUUCCGCCGGCGCCUAAAGGUGUUCCGGAGAUCAAUGUUUGUAUGGACAUCGAUGCGUCGAAUGCUUUACGGGUUUUUGCAGCUGUGUUGAUGCCGGGAUCUUCGACUCCGGUGGUUCCUGUGAUUGAGGUGAGGAUGCCUACAGUUGAUGAUGGACAUGGUUGGUGUGCUCAAGCUUUGAAUGUGAAAUAUGGAUCUACUCUUGAUUUGAUUACUCUUCAGAGGAAGAUGUAAGAUUAAAAUAAAAUGAUGUUAAGUGAUAGAUUUUAGAUUAUGAUGUAAGAUAUGAGAAUGUUUCGUAUAGAGAAGAGUUUGUGUGUUUUGGGUUUGUUGUUGAAGUGGUAAACAAUGUUUAUCUGUGUAAUGAAGUAAUAAUGUUUCUGCAGAUUUGUAUAAUAAACUAGAGAGUUUGGGCACC